CUUUGCUGUGUCCCAUGCAGAAGUAUCCAGAGAAGCUGUACUUCGAAGGUCUGGCAGAGCAGGUCAACCCUCCCAUUCAGCUGCACUUACAGUACCUGCCCAUCUACUUCGGUAACGUAUGUCUGCGCUUCCUUCCUGUGUUCGACAUCGUCAUCCACCGCUUCCUGGAGCUGCUGCCUGUGUCCAAGUCUCUGGAGACGCUGCUCGAUCACCUGGGGGGGCUCUACAAGUUCCAUGAUCGUCCGGUGACGUACCUGUACAACACGCUGCACUAUUACGAGAGACACCUGCGAGAUCGCACCAACCUGAAGAGGAAGCUGGUGCACGCUAUCAUGAGCUCGCUCAAGGACAACCGCACGCCUGGCUGGUGUCUCAGCGAGACGUACCUGAAGUGUGCCAUGAACCCCCGGGACGACAACGUCUGGAUCCCCGACGACACGUACUACUGCAAACUCAUCGGGCGGCUUGUGGAUAAUAUCCUUAACUGAGC